CAACUUUUUCACACAAAUGCUCCUCUCCCUUCGGUGCGACUUUGCUGCGCUUGUUUCGGCUCGGAGAGGUGAAGCCAUCUUUCCGGUCGGGCGGGCGAUUUUUCAGCAGCGCGACGUGAACCCGUCCCCGCACGGGCCGGAUCUGGACAAAAAGGAAAAAGAAGCACGUCUACCUGCAUGGCCGUUGCCGCACAAAUUAAUCGUCCAGAGAGGCUAGUAAGAAGAGAGGGAUUUGACCAGGCCAAUCUUUUGGGCUUGAUUGAUUCCCAACCACAUCCUCAUCAGCGCAAAGAAAGAGAGAGAGACAGAAUCAGCUCGCCGUCCUCAAGAUGCCGAUCGCCUCCAAGCAUCCGGUUCUGCACCUGCCGCCGCCGGACACGACGUUGGCGCGCCUGCUCCUGUCGACAAAGGACCAUGGCCGGCGCACCGCUGAGCCCCUCUUCUAUCCGCCGCCCGCUGGCUCCGUCUUCUCGUCGAAUCGGCCCCAGGCAAAGCCAAUGAGCCUUGGCGAUGUCCGCGAUCGUGCCUAUGCCGUCGCCAAAGGUCUGAUUGACGGUCGCCUCUCUCCAGAGAAGCCCUUCAAGAAGGGUGAUGUUGUCGCCUUCUUUUCAUUGAACCAGCACGACUACACGGCCAACGUCCUGGGUAUUCAGCUCGCCGGCGGUGUCGCCGCGCUAUGCAAUCCAUCGUACAAGGCAAAGGAGCUGGCGCACCAGCUGCGAAUGACGAGCGCGCGCUGCGUCCUGGCAUCCAAUGCUGCUCCUUUCUCGGCUGCAACGGGCCAGAUAGAUACCAAGGCGGAAACUGCGUUCGAUGUCGCAAAGGAAGGGGCUAGGCUAGCGCAGGAAGAGGACGACGAUGACGUAAAGAAGUUUCCGAAAAUUGAAGGACCACUCAGAGUCAUGGUCUUUGAGGAAGGGGCAGGUGAUGACAGCUGGGAGACGAUCUACCGUGGAUACAAGGUAGACGAAGCGCUCAUCAAGCAGGUGGACGAACGGGCAAGCGAACUCAAGGGCAGCGAUACGGCCAUCUACUGCUUCAGCUCGGGCACUUCGGGUCUUCCCAAGGCUGUCAAUUUGACGCAUCGCAAUCUCGUGUCCAACGUGAUCCAAUCCACGUUCCUCUUGCACGAUCGGGUCAACGAGCCACUGGAGCAGGGCCGCGAAUACGCCCCAGACGGGAAGACGGGAUGGUACGACACGGCAGAGCCCAAGGGUGCCGGCCGCGAUGUGCUGCCGGACGGCUACGAGGAAUUCGUCAAGAAGAAGAGAGAAUCUCACUCCAGUGGACAAGGUACAGGUCCGGUUAAAGAGAGCAUCAACAAGCUCGUCGAUGGCAUCAAGAAGCUCAACCCUGCCUCCAAGGAUGAUGACCAGACGGACAGUCUCUACAAGCGAUCAGCAGAAGAUGAGUUCCACAUUGACGUGUUGCCCCAAUUCCACUGCUACGGCCUCGUCGUCAAUCUGGUUGCCUUGCACACUUGCACCCCGCGCAUCAUCCUCCCGCGCUUCCAUCUGGACACAUUCCUUCGCUCCAUCUCCAAGCACGGAGUCACCUUUUCCUUUGUGGUGCCCCCGAUCCUCUUGGCUCUCGCAAAGCAUCCCAGCAUCGACAACUACGACCUGAGCAGCCUUUGGCGUGUCGCUUCGGGCGCUGCCAGCCUACCGACCGAGAUUGCCUUUGGUGUGGCCAAGCGGCUCGGCAUUAGGUGCACAGACGGCUACGGCAUGACAGAGAUGAGCCCAAUCAUCUCCAUUCAGACAGUCAGCAAUCUCAAGGAGAGGAUCGACAGCGUUGGGCGGCUUGCACCGAGCACCGAGGCCAUGAUUCUGGAUCCAAACGGAAAGGAGCUUAAAGUAGGCGAAGCGGGCGAGUUGCUGCUUCGCGGCCCGCAAAUGAUGGCCGGCUACCUGCACAACGAAGAGGCCAACAAGCAGGCAUUUGCCCAGGUGGGCGGCUCGACGUGGCUGCGGACUGGCGAUGUGGCCUUGAUCGACGAAAAGGGCUUCAUCAAAAUCACCGACCGGCUCAAGGAUGUCAUCAAGUCAAAGGGCUUCCAAGUCUCGCCAGCCGAGCUCGAGGGCCUCUUCUACAAGGACGAGUGGAUUCAGGAUGUAGCUGUCACUGGCGUACGAGAUGCUGGAUCGGAGGAGGAAAAGGUGUGGGCGUUUGCUGUGGCACAUCCGCGCGCAGUCGAGGAGGAAGGGGAUGAGGAGAAAAGGGCUAGCACUGUGCUGAAGAAGGUCAACGCUCAGGUGGCAAAUUACAAGAAGGUCCAAGGACUGACAUGGAUCAAUGCACUUCCUAAGAGCGACGCGGGCAAGGUUCUGAAGAAGAACCUGGCGGCGAUGAGAUAGCUCCCAUUCAGAACCCUAUUCCUGGCCCGCCAUUCUUUUCUACGUCCCCUACCCUUUUAAUACUAAUGACACCUAUUCUGUUCUUCCUGCAAUGACCAUGGCUACCGACAA